AUGGCGGGAGACGGCGGCGGCGGUGUCCGCGAUUUAGUAGUGCAGACUUGGGUCAUGUACAGCAUUGGGAUCGCGCUAUACCUACUCAGAGUCUACGCGAGAUUUCAAAGACUGGGGUGGAAAUGGCAGGCCGAAGAUAUUGUCAUGCUCACUGGAGUCGGCUGGUAUACCGCAUUCGUCGUGACCAACAUCCAGCUCGCUGAAGGUGGGGGUGGCACUCUUUACCUGCCUGGACAGUUUGAGACCUUCACGCCCGAAGAUAUUGCGUCAAGAGUACAGUUUGCCAAGGUGGAAUUUGCGUCUGAGCAGUGCAUGGUCAAUGUUGUAUGGACGACGAAAGCUUGUAUGCUGAUAAUAUACUAUCGGCUGACCUUCAAUCUCAAACAACAGUUCUGGGUGAAGCUGUGCGCCGCAUAUACCCUCGCCAGCUUUGUUGCCGUCCAGCUUACAUUGUUUCUCAACUGCCGGCCCUUUUCCGGAUACUGGACUCUUCCACCACCGCAGGAAGAGUGCGCCACAUACUUUCAUUUUGAAGUCAUCAACGCAGUUUUCAACAUCUCGUCUGACGUCGCAAUUCUGGUCGUAAUUGUGCCGACCCUGUGGAAAAUGAACAUGUGGGCCCGAGAAAAGCUGCCUGUGGUGUUCAUUUUCUCUCUUGGCUUCUUUUUGAUUAUCUGUGCCAUCGUGUCGAAAUAUUUCACCUUUCGCGACAUCUUCGACACAUCUUACCAAUUUUGGUAUCUUCGAGAAGCAUCGGUCGCUAUCUACAUUUCGAACCUGCCUUAUAUCUGGUCAUUCUUCCGCCGAACAAUUCGAUUCCUACGUGCGAGUACGGCGGUCAAUAAUAUCACCAAUUCCACUACAAAAAACACUUCCUCCUCGCAACGGCGGCAUAACAUAUACGACGGGAGUGGCUCGGGCACAAGUCCAUUCCAGCCUAAUACAGGCCACGGAUUCAUCUCAUCGGUUUCGUCCAAUGUUGAUGAAAUCGAGAUCAAUGGAUUUGAUGGCCGCGAAAGCAAUGAACAUAUUAUCGCUGAAGACGGAACGGUAUCACACACGGGAGAUGAUAUGCGCUUAGAAAAUGGGGCGGAUUGGAGUAGAUCUUAUCGUAUACAGAAGACGACGGAAAUUCAUGUCACUAACAAUCGCUUCAGCCAAGCAAAGGAUAUCAUCUAA